AUGGCUGCUCUGGGUUCCCACAGGGACUCGCCGAGGGCGGAUCGCCAGUUGACUCCAGAAUUGGCACAGAUUAUCUACGCCCACAUGGCCCCCGAGUUGGAUUCUGCUGCCUCCUCUGGUGGCACUCCUCAACUCUCGUUCACCUCACCGUCCACCGCCUCGCCGGUGGAAAGCGUCGGUUCCAGCAAA